GACAAAGCAGGCCGCGCCGGUCACACGCAGGACACACACACACACACACACACACACACACACACACACACACACACACACACGUUGCGUAGUUUUUGCGUGCGUGCGUGUGCGUGGGGGAAAGGCCGUACCGGAAAGUACGGCGCGGCGGACUUGCUUCGGAAGACGGAAAAACCCCUGGCUGCUGAUCAAUUCGAGGUAUGCACCGGUUCGGACAAGUUUGCGUCUCUGUCGCGCUCGCGCUCGCUCUCUGUCGGUAGUGGAGGUGGUGGUGUUGUUAUUGUUUUUGUGAUUGCGCUUUGUGAUUGACCAAUUCGUGCCCGCCCUCCCACGGAAGGAGCGAAGAAAGCGACAUCGUGAGCAUCGGAGAAGAAAGAUCGCCGAAUCGGUCGGUGGCUAGCAAAUGAGCGAGAUAGCUUGGCGCGAUAAUAUUCAAGGUGAUAUCUCAUGCGCACAGGUACCCAAGCCUCCGAGCUCCAAAGCGGUCCCACGCCGCACAACAGCAGGAGUGGUGCGUCGCAUCGAGAAGCUCUACGAGCUGCUGCUGGGAACUUUUAAAAACAUGCGUUUGACACACACCUCCUCAGUCGAAUGAGCAAAGCUCGGUGAGACAGUUCGUGCGCGGCGCGCUAGUGCAACCGUUUUUUUGCAGUGCGUGCUCGGGAAGACGCGCACCGGGGAUUGUCCCGCAUCGCUUCAUGUGUGUGUUUGUGCGUUUGUGUGUGUGAAGCGGCCAAACAGAUCGUAACGACGUUUUAACGUGUACAGCAAUUAGCUUCAACUACAGACACGUUCGUCCGUACGAAUUCAUAUGCGUCGCGUCAUAUUACUGUAGUGUCUCUACAGGUACGGUGCUGUAGGAACCGGUGUUAGUGCCUAGUGAUCGCACCAAUCCAUACGAAGGUGUGUGCCAUUUCUACCCAGGGGAGGUGGAAAUACUAACACACACAACGGGGAAGAGUGAGAGAGAUAGAUCACCUCUCGCACACAGAAACGCGGAAAGGCCACCCCGCGAAGGCGCGACUGUGUUGUUAUAAAAGUGGCUAACCUGCACGACAGCGUGCUCACAGUGACCGGAAGCACAUCAGCCAGCGAAUCUACCCGGGUACCCGCCAGCAGUACGUGAAGAUUCGUGUCAACAUGCAAUCAACGGGCGUGGUAGGAGUGGCGACACUGUCGUUGCUGAUCGUUGCGUUCUGUCAAAUUGUAGUUGCACAGUUCCACCAGUGCACUGGCGGCGAGACCUGCAUCAACAUCAACGAGUGUCCACGGUUCGGUCCAUACUACCACGAGCCUGCCAAAUGGUCCGAUAGCUUGCGGAACGAAUUCCGGUCGAAGGUGUGCAAGCGUGAGCAGAGCAAUGGCAAGAAUCUGUACAAGGUGUGCUGCAAGCGGGCAGCCACAGGCAACAAGAACAACCGUGAGCGCGGACUGGCCACGCUCGAUCUGGAGGGGUGCGGCGCGUACUCGGAGGAUCGGAUCGCGUUCGGCCAGGACGCCAGGCUAUUCCAGUAUCCCUGGAUGGCGUUGCUGAAACAAAGGGCCGGCAACUUCGUCUGUGGCGGUACGCUGAUCAACGAACGCUACGUCCUGACCGCUGCCCACUGUAUCAAGAACAACGAUAUGUAAAUCGAGCACGACCCCCGUUGCAGACGGUCGCCUAGGCAGAUCCGGUACAAUAAACUGUUUUUUUUUUUUAACAGUACCACGGUACGGUUGGGCGAGUUCGAUCUGAGCACACCGAUUGACUGUGACAAGCGAGGGGAGCAGUGUGCCCCGCCACCCCAAGACCUUUUCGUUGAGCAGACGAUCGUGCACGAAGCGUACAGUGCGCGGCGUAAGGAGAACGACAUUGGGCUGAUCCGGUUGGCAAAAGAGGCGGAGUACAAUGACAAUGUGCUGCCAAUCUGUCUGCCCGUGACGCCGGCAAUGCGCACCACGCAGACGACCUACUUCGUGGCCGGCUGGGGUGCGACUGAGUCGGCCCCCUCAUCAAAUCGGCUCCAGUUUACCAAACUCAGCCUGUUGUCCAAUGAUCAGUGUGUGCAGAAGCUGCUACGGGUGGACUCGUUCGCCAAGGUAAACAAUGAUCAGAUGUGUGCGAUCGGGGCCAAUCUGACUGACAACUGUACCGGCGAUUCGGGCGGCCCGCUCAAAACAAUCAGUAUAAACGCACGCUAUGUACAGUACGGUGUGGUGUCGUACGGGCUGCGCACUUGCGGCAAGCAGAGUGCACCGGGCGUGUACACGCGGGUCGAGAACUAUGCCGAUUGGAUACUGGAGCAUCUGGAAAAGUGAGGGUGAGAGAGAUUGGUAAAAAGAUAAAAAGAGAGAAAGAGAGAGAGAGAGAGAGA